GGUGAGGAGGGCAUCUGGGUCGCUGCUUCCGGGCGGCAUAAAGUUCUUCGCGAUGUGGUUGAAGCCCGAGGAAGUGCUCCUGAAAAAUGCGCUGAAGCUGUGGCUGAUGGAAAGGUCCAACGAUUACUUCGUGCUGCAGCGGCGUCGGGGCUACCGGGAGGAAGGUGGCGGGGGGCUUACAGGGCUUCUGGUUGGGACUCUGGAUUCAGUCUUAGACUCCACUGCUAAAGUAGCUCCAUUUCGCAUCCUACAUCAGACACCAGAUUCUCAAGUUUACCUGUCAAUUGCUUGUGGAGCCAACAGAGAAGAAAUAACCAAACAUUGGGAAUGGUUAGAACAAAAUAUCAUGAAGACCUUGUCUGUGUUUGAUUCUAAUGAAGAUAUUACUAAUUUUGUACAAGGAAAGAUAAGAGGAUUAAUUGCUGAAGAGGGAAAACAUUCUUUUGCAAAAGAAGAUGACCCUGAGAAAUUUCGAGAAGCCCUUUUGAAAUUUGAAAAAUGUUUUGGUUUACCAGAGCAGGAAAAGUUAGUGACCUAUUACUCGUGCAGUUAUUGGAAAGGACGGGUUCCUUGUCAGGGUUGGCUAUAUCUUAGCACCAACUUUCUGAGCUUCUAUUCUUUUUUGUUGGGAUCAGAAAUAAAACUCAUUAUCUCCUGGGAUGCGGUCUCAAAACUUGAAAAGACUUCAAAUGUCAUACUGACAGAGAGUAUUCAUGUGUGUUCCCAAGGAGAGAAUCACUACUUUUCAAUGUUUUUGCAUAUUAACAAAACAUACCUUCUUAUGGAACAGCUGGCAAACUAUGCUAUAAAAAGAAUUUUUGAUAAGGAAACAUUUGAUAAUGACCCAAUCCUUGAUGAUCCUCUACAAAUUACUAAAAGAGGUCUGGAAAAUCGAGCCCACAGUGAGCAGUUUAAUGCUUUUUUUAGGCUGCCCAAAGAAGAGACUUUGAAAGAAGUACAUGAAUGUUUCUUAUGGGUACCAUUCAGCCACUUCAACACUCAUGGAAAAAUGUGCAUCUCAGAAAACUAUAUCUGCUUUGCUAGCCAGGAUGGCAAUCUAUGUAGUGUAAUCAUUCCAUUACGAGAGGUCUUAGCUAUAGAUAAGACAAAUGAUUCCAGCAAAUCUGUCAUCAUUAGCAUCAAAGGAAAAACAGCUUUUCGCUUCAGUGAAGUUAAAGAAUUUGAGCAAUUGGUGGCAAAACUCUGGCUCAAGUGCGGGGCAGCUUCAACUCAGUAUCACGAUAUUAGCACAGAGGUUCCUAUUAGUUCUGAGUCUGUAGACCCAUCUGAUGAUAUUGAGGUACAAUCUUUGAUAUGUCAGAGAGAAUGCAGCAAAACUGUGAACACUGAAGCCUUAAUGACAGUAUUUCACCCUCAGAAUUUGGAGACCCUUAAUUCCAAAAUGUUGAAAGAAAAGAUGAAGGAACAGUCCUGGAACAUCCUGUUUACAGAAUGUGGGCGUGGUGUUAGCAUGUUUCGGACCAAAAAGACUCAAGAUCUGGUUGUAAGAGGGAUUCCAGAGACCUUAAGAGGAGAGCUCUGGAUGCUUUUUUCAGGUGCUGUUAAUGACAUGGCUGCUAAUCCUGGCUAUUAUGCUGAAGUGGUUGAGCAGUCUUUAGGGACCUGCAACUUGGCUACUGAAGAAAUUGAACGUGAUUUGCGUCGCUCCCUGCCUGAGCAUCCAGCCUUUCAGAGUGACACUGGCAUAUCUGCUCUGAGGCGGGUACUCACUGCUUAUGCAUUCAGGAAUCCCAAAAUUGGAUACUGCCAGGCAAUGAACAUUUUGACUUCAGUAUUGCUUCUGUAUGCAAAAGAGGAAGAAGCUUUUUGGCUUCUGGUUGCUGUAUGUGAACGAAUGUUACCUGAUUAUUUUAAUCGUCGAAUCAUUGGUGCCUUGGUGGAUCAGGCAGUCUUUGAAGAACUUAUCAGAGAUCACCUUCCCCAGCUGACUGAACAUAUGACUGAUAUGACAUUCUUUUCCUCAGUUUCUCUCUCAUGGUUCCUCACACUUUUUAUUAGUGUGCUACCUAUUGAAAGUGCAGUGAAUGUGGUGGACUGUUUCUUCUAUGAUGGAAUAAAGGCCAUUUUACAACUGGGAUUGGCAAUACUUGACUAUAAUUUAGACAAACUUCUGGCAUGUAAAGAUGAUGCUGAAGCUGUGACAGCUUUAAACAGGUUCUUUGACAAUGUCACUAAUAAGGAUAGCCCGUUGCCUUCAAGUGUGCAGCAGGGUUCAAAUGUAAGUGAUGAAAAAAGCAGUCAUAUUAGAGUGGAUAUUACAGAUUUGAUUAGAGAGUCAAAUGAGAAAUAUGGGAGUAUUCGCUAUGAAGAUAUAUACAGCAUGCGCUGUCGAAAUAGGUUGUAUGUGAUACAGACCCUAGAGGAAACAACAAAGCAGAAUGUGUUGCGUGUUGUAUCACAAGAUGUGAAAUUGAGCCUUCAUGAAUUGGAUGAACUUUAUGUCAUCUUUAAGAGAGAGUUGUUUUUUUCUUACUAUUGGUGUUUGAGUCCUCCAGUAUUGAAGCACCAUGAUCCUAGUCUGCCAUAUUUGGAACAGUAUCAGAUUGACUGCCAGCAGUUCAGAGUGUUGUAUCACUUGUUGAGUCCCUGGGCUCAUUCUGCAAACAGAGACUCACUAGCUUUAUGGACAUUCAGAUUGUUGGAUGAAAACUCCGACUGCCUUAUAAACUUCAAAGAAUUCUCCUCUGCAAUUGACAUAAUGUACAAUGGAAGUUUUACUGAGAAGCUUAAGGUGCUUUUUAAGCUGCAUAUUCCUCCAGCUUAUACUGAAGUGAAGUAUAAGGACCCUUCAAAGGGAGAUGAACUUUCCAAGGAAGAAUUACUUUAUUUCAGUCAGCUCCAUGUUUCCAAGCCUGCAAAGGAGAAGGAAGCAGAGUCAGCAAAAAACAGCCCUGAAAAAGGAAAAGAAAAAGUUGACAUUCAAGCAUAUCUAAGUCAAUGGCAAGAGGAGCUUUUGAAAAAAGAAGAAAACAUUAAGGAUUUACCAAGAAUGAAUCAGUCACAAUUUAUUCAGUUUUCAAAGACACUAUAUAACUUAUUUCACGGGGACCCUGAAGAAGAGUCAUUAUAUCAAGCCAUUGCUGUUGUAACCAGCCUUUUGCUCAGGAUGGAAGAAGUUGGAAGGAAACUCCAUAACCCUGCGUCAUCAACCAAAGGAUUGUCUGGUGCAGUCUGUGCUUCUGGAGGACCCAGUGAGGGGCAAACAGAGAGCCACUUAGAGAAAGAUCCCUCCUCUCUCAGGGAAGAACCUCAGUGGUCAUUUGCAUUUGAACAGAUUCUCGCCUCUUUGUUGAAUGAACCAGCAUUGGUGAAGUUUUUUGAGAAACCCAUAGAUCUGAAAGCCAAACUAGAAAAUGCAAAAACCUCUCAGUUAAGUUCUAGAACCAGGAAGUAAAUCUUUUAACAGGAAUUGCUUAUUAUAGACAUUUACCAAGAUUCUCAUAGGCGUCAGCUUGAUUUCUAGGAGUAGGGAUCAGGGAUUUUCUUGUUACCAAUGUAUUUGAAGGUUAAAAAGAAGAUAUUUGGAAGCACAAUGAUUCAUUCCUUUGUGGUGUUGUCUAAUUUUGAUAUUCUCUAAUACAAAUAUACUUUUUAUAUUUCACAAGGUAUGCAAUAUCAGGGGGAGUAUGCUAAAUGCUAAAUUUUACCACCAGAGGGCACCACCAUAUCACUUUCAGCAAGGAAAUUACUAGUUUGUGCUGCUAUUUACAUAGGAAUUACUGAUGAUUUUUGAAAAUGUGGUGUUAUGUUUGAGUGUUAGUGAUGCUGACACAUCAUAUUGAUAAAUCCUACUUUCCAAAUUGCCUCAGUCCUAUUAGAAUGCUUUAGAAAAGCAGGCUCUUAGAUCUGUAGCCUUAAUUAUCUAGAAGAUUACCAUAUGGGAACCUCAUUUUCACGUUAUCUAACUGAAAUAAUAUUAACUUUUUAAAGUUAAUCUCAUUCAGUCUUCUAAUAAUAAAUGGCUUUUUAAUGAAUUCUGUCUUCUCCCUACCUGAGCAGUUCAGAAGCUGCUGACACACUUGUAGCUCUGUUACUGAUAAAAAUAAAGAACUCAAAACUCUGGGCCGAUACAAGGAAAAACGAUUUUGGAUUUGGAUUUGAGCUGGUUAAAGCCAGCCAAUUCAGAAGGGUUAAUAAACAGUACAAUUAACUGUGUACAGGUCUCUCAUUAGACUGAGAAAUUACUUGAAAUUCCUAGCACUGCUCUUUGUGGCAUUUGUCUCAGAGUAACUUGAGACUGCUUUGGUUCUAGUUUUAGAUUUUGGAUUUUCACCAGUCAUAUUUUAAGUUACAUUAGAUAGACUGAAUUAUUGUAUUAGUCUGGCAAGUUCGUAAAGUAUAUAGGCAUACCUCAUUUUAUUGUGCUUCACUUUAUUGCGCUUCAUAGAUACUACAUUUUUUUGGUUUUUGGUUUUUGGGUUUUUUGGCUGCUGCAGCUUGCAGGAUUUUAGUUGCCUGCAGGGAUUGAACCCAGGCCCUCGGCAGUGAAAGCGCAGAGUCCUAACCACUGGGCUGCCAGGGAAUUCCCACAGAUACUACAGUUUUACUGAAAAUGAAGGCUUGUGGCAACCCUGCGUUGAGCAAGUCUAUCAGUGCCAUUUUUCCAACAACAUUUGCUCACUUUGCAUCUCUGUGUCACAUUUUGGUAAUUCUCGCAAUAUUUGGAACUUUUUCAUUACUAUUAUGUUUGUCAUGGUGAUCAGUGGUCUUUUUUUUUUCCUUGUGGGUUUUUUUUUAUUCAAACAGAAAGUCACAAAAAUUAUAAUCAUCCUCAUCAGUUCACUCAAUCCUAUGUAAUUAAUUUUUUUUUCAUCUUGAUCUUUUGCUAGCAUUUUUAUGAAUUCAUCAGUUUUCCAUUAGAGUUCUGAAAAUGCUUAUUUAUUCAGUUCAGCAGUAUAGUCAGUUACCAGAAACCUGUACUUGUCAGUCUUUUCCAUGAAUUCCUUGAAGAUGAAACCCUUUUAUAGGAACAUUUUUGCAAAAGCAUCAGAGUGCAUCCAUUUACUGUCUGUAAAUGACAAAAGAGUUAAAUGAUCAGUGAUCUUUGAUGUUACUAAUAGGACUCACUGAAGGCCUAGGUGAUGGUUAGCAUUUUUUAGCAAUAAAAUGUUUAAUUAAAGUAUGUACAUCAUUAUUUUAGACAUAAUGCUAUUGCACACUUAAUAGACUAUAGUGUAAACGUAAGUUUUGUACGCCCUGGGAAAACAAAAAAUUCAUGUGACUCGCUUUAUUGCAAUAUUUGCUUUCAUCGAAGUGAUCUGGAACCAAACCUGCAACAUCCAAGGUAUGCCUGUACUUGUGCGUAAUGAUUGUUAAGAUAAUGUAUAGAAUUUUGGCAUCUAUCUAAAAAGUUGUAAUCUAUUUGAUUUAGAUGUGUAAUUUCUAUAUACUUUAUGCUGCUUAUAUUUCAGUCAUUACAAUGAAAGUUCAUUUAGAGAUAAUGGGCUUUGUUAGCACUUUAAAGAAAAAAAACACACCUAUCCAAUCUUCUGUGCUGUUUCUGAUAAGAACAAUUUAUUAAUCAGUUGAUUUAGGAAAUUGUGGGGAGAAGUCAUCCACUGGAGCUUCUUUCUUCACAAAAGACUUUGGUUUUAAGCCUUUUGACUUUUCAGAUUUGAAACAAUGAAAGGGCAGAUAUCCUUUAGGACAACCCAAGAAGUCUCCCUUUCUGGAAAAGAAUUAGUAUAGUCAGCCUUUGGCAAGAAUCCAAUGUGAACAAAGCCUAACACAGAGGGCUUCAUCACCACAGGAUAUGUUAUUUUCAGAGAUAUUCAAGAAUUUUCAAGUUGACCCUUUGAAAAUUUUGUAAAUUGAGCUUGGCCAAACACUUACUAGUAGUGUCUUGAAAAUUAUUUUGUCAACUUUGUCUUCUCAAGGAAAUUACCACUUAAAGAGAUGGUUGGUAAAUAAACAUCUGUGCCUUUUCUCAGAAAUUAUUUGCCUGAAACAUGUCCAAAUUUUAGAGUUUAGUUAAUAGUUUAUAUGUGAACUAUCACACAUCUGCUAUUAAGCAAUGAUUGUUAAAUUACACUACAGUAGCUCUAUAAAGACACAAGGCUCUAUGCUUAUAUACAAAGGCACUAUUGCACAUACUUUGUUGAACAUUUUGUCAAUUGUAUUUACAAAAAAGAUACUUUCUUAAGAACAUACGUUAUUAAUAUUUGGUGAUUUUUAAACCAGAAUAUUGAAGAUUACUUAGUAUUGUAUUUUAGCCUAGAUUAAUUAAAAUUGAAUACCUAAAGAUUUCUGAAUUGCAGAAAGAUUAUAAAUGCAAGUUAAAAAGACGAACAUUUAUUUUAUGUGUCUGCAGGAGACAUAAGCUGAACACAUAGUUUUGUAGUUGCUACCUUGUUAAGCAAAUGGGUUGUUCUUAAUGUUUAAAAUCUUAUGUAGUUGUGUCACACUGAACUAGUGCAUUAUACCUUAUGCAUUAAAUUGUUAAGGUGGCUUUACUGGUCUUUAUAAAAAAAUGUUAAAAAUCUGUUAAAUAAAUAUGAAGAAUGGCUUACUUAAA